AUGAACACGGUCAGUAUUGGGGAGUACCAUGGGCUGCGGGUGGGCUCGGCCCUGCUCAGCAUUGUAGCAGGUUGUAUCAUCAUUGGUGUGUCGAAGGACUGUGAUGCAGAUGCAGUGGGGGGCAUCUUCCUUGGGGCAGGGGGGCUUGGUCUUCUCAUUGCAGUCUACCCGUUCAUAAAAGUGUGGUUCAAUAUCCAUCACAUACUGCCCAACAUAGGCAACUUCAGAGUGCACCCGAUGGCUACAAAUUCAAAUCCAGCCCCUGAACAACAUGCAGCUACACUCACGCGAGAGGGGACUCAAAGCCAGCUUAACGUAGAGCGUUCGAAGAGCCGGAUGGGGACAUUUGUGGAGACAGCAGCUCCUACAGCAGCUGAGGGCUCACAGGAUGAUGGCCCUUCUGCAGAUGUUCCAGAUAUCUUGGGAAGGCGAAAGUUUAAGUCACCAUCUUCUGAUCAAGACCCUUUAUAAUGGCUGGAUCCAAUGGAUUCUUAUUAAAGAGCAAACAGUAUUCAUUUCACAAUAAGCUAGCCUGAUCUCUGCUAACCGCUCAUUAUGGUAUCGUAUUCGAUUUCACUCGUUCAAACAAGGUGUCUUCACUAAUAUUAAAAUAAUGUUUGAUGGAAACAUAGAGUAAGUUGAACAUCACACUAAAUGAGAAUGAGGUCA